GACCCAUUGCAUCAUAUUUGUGAACUUUGUUCGGCGCGAGAAGUUCAACAUUCAGCAGUUUUCCAUGCGGAGUUGGCGAGCGGCGGGCCGGCUGUUCCACCGCGCCAUGAGCUCGUCUGCCUUCCCGCACUCGGAGGCGCUGGUGCCGUACACACCCCCGCCAUGGGCCGCGCGGCUUCGCGGGGUGCCCAAGUACAGGCUACAGCUUGGCCAGCUGAACACCCCGAUCCAGAGAUGGCGUCUGAACGACCUUCCGGACGGGGUCGAGGUCUUCAUCAAACGGGACGACAUGACGGGCAGUACGCUGUCCGGCAACAAGGUGCGUAAGCUUGAGUUCCUGAUGGCAGAUGCCAUUGACCGCGGCUGUGGGGCCGUCAUCACGUGUGGAGGGGUCCAGUCCAACCACUGCAGGGCCACAGCAGUUGCCGCCCGGCAGCUGGGGCUGGAUAUACACCUCAUGCUGAGGUCAGAUGUGCAGAAGCCGUCGGAGGUUGGCUGCGAGGGAAACCUUCUGCAGGACAGACUGAUGGGCGCGAAUGUUUACCUGGUCCAGAGGACUGAGUGGUACGAAGAGAAACUCCUGCCGCGCAUGAAGCGCCUCGCAAACAGGAUAAAGGAGACAAGUGGGAAGGAGUCAUACCUGAUCCCCGUGGGAGGGUCAAACCUGGCCGGUCUGUUCGGCUACAUCACCGCAUUCCAGGAGCUGAUGGAACAGGGAGUUCUAGAGAGAUUUGACGACCUUGUCGUGACGGUGGGGAGUGGAGGCACGACGUGCGGCCUCUGUGUGGCAAACUACCUCACUGGCUCCAAAAUUCGGAUCCACGCUGUGGCGAUAUGUGACGACGCAGCGUACUUCCAUCGCCACAUAAACGACACACUGCAGGAAAUCGGUCUGACAGACGUACGGUCAGAAGAUAUCGUGGACAUCAUCGAAGGCUACAAGGGGCGUGGUUAUGCCCUGUCUACCAAGAAGGAGCUGGAGUUUGUUGCCAACAUUGCACACACCUCUGGAAUCAUCCUGGACCCAGUGUACACUGGGAAGGCCGCCGUUGGUCUGCUGCAGGAGCUGCAGACCAAUCAGAGCAGGUUCCAGGGAAACCGGAUACUCUUCCUCCAUACAGGCGGAAUCUUCGGGCUGUACGACGGGCGGAUGAGCGCGGUUCUGAAGGACGGGAUGCGCCACGUCACCGACCGCGUACACGACUGGUGGAACCCUGACGACGACCCGCCCUUCCCAUGAUGCAAUAGCCCCUCCCUGAUUGGUCAGAAUCCCCAGCUCACCUGUUACCAUGGUGAUUGUAGCUGGAAGUCAUUUUGGGAGAUUUCUCCCAAAUUUGUUCGUUCGUUCGUUCGUUUUUCUUGUUUUUAAUUGUGAAUCGAUUGAUUUUAUGGACUAAGUAGAGCAAACAUUUCUCUUACAGAACGGGGACUUCAAAUAUUGUAAAACAGUAUACAACAACAUGUGGCUCACUUUCGCCUUUUUGGAUCAGGUCACAUGGAAACCUUACUGUAUGAAUGGAAAACCAUGAUAAGCAUCACAGUCAUACGUGUACAUGAUUUAUCUCACUUUUAGCCAGUUUAGCCACAAAGUUGUACGGGAUAGUGUCAGAAGUCGGUAAGAGGGGUUUCGUUCGACAAUUUUAUUUAUCUGC